CAGCGGUGGGGAUAAACGUGUGUAGAAGCACGGCACAUUUAAACUUUUAGUUAUAAGUGUCGCUGUGAUCGAGCGACCCCUUGUCUAUCUCACUCUACAAUCGGCUGUGGGAGAGAGAAAUAGGAACAGAUCGUUUGAUCGCAACGUCUCUUGUGGUCAUGAGGCGAAUUGAAAGAUGCUUCUCUAAGAAACCUACCCCCUCCAAGAGAGUUGCAGGACUUGUAUAUAAGACCGUGCUAUCAGCUUUUUGUACUUCGGCAAUGAUAAAUUCGGGAGUUCCCGUGAUUCUUUACCUUCAGUUUCCUAUAAUUUACUGACUUGGGAUUUUGACGGGCGUAAAGAAAAUAUCAAAUAAUAGUUUGAAUGAAGGUGAAGAAUAUAGUUUCGACAAGAUCAAAAUGGAAGAAACAGAUAAUGAGUUUGUUGCCAGAUCCUACCAAGUUGAUUUGUAUGAAAAGGCAGUAACGGGAAAUACAAUAGUUUACUUGCCAACAGGAUCAGGGAAAACUUUCAUUGCGGCUAUGUUGCUGAAGAAAAUGAGUGCAGAUAUUCAAAAACUAUAUAGUGAAGGUGGUAAACGUACCAUAUUUGCUGUCAAUACUGUAGCGCUUGUUACACAGCAAACUGGAUAUUUGGCAAGACAUACAAGUUUUAGCUGUAAAGGCUACACUGGUGAUAUGAAUGUUGAUUCAUGGAGUAAAGAAUAUUGGUUGAUAGAAUUUGAACAGAAUCAAGUCCUAGUGAUGACUUCACAAAUUUUUCUUCAAUUAAUAUGCCAUGGUAUCAUGCCAUUAAACAGAGUAAAUUUAAUAGUGUUUGAUGAAUGUCAUAGAGCUGUUAGUGAUCAUCCUAUGAGGCAAAUCAUGCAGCUUUUUGAAAAAUAUCCUAAAAGCGAACAUCCACGAAUUUUGGCACUCUCUGCAACUUUAUUGAACUCCAAUGUGAAAUUAGAAAGAGUGCAACAGACUAUUCAGCAACUUGAAAUUACCUUCCAUGCAAAAGUAGCUACUGUAGAAUCAGCCAGUAUAGUUAAAGGAUAUUCAACAAAUCCAAUCGAAAAGAUUGUUAAAUUUGAUUUUCCCAUUAGUCUUCCAAUUGUUGAAGUAUUGGAGAAAUUGUUGAUUUCCAUUGAAUGCAUACUAAAUUUAGUUUCUUUACCGAAUUUCCAUGACAAUAACUUAUCGAGUGAAGUCUUUAAACCAAAAUCUAAGAAUUCGAAAUUGAUCAGCAUCAUCCAAGAUAUUCGAUCUCAUGUUACUCAACUCGGUUUAUUUGGAGGAGAUAAAGCAAUCCUCCUACAUAUGAUUCAGCUUGAAUAUUUGAAAAAAUACAAUGAUGAUCAGCAAACUGUAUAUGUAUUAGAGUAUUGUAUUACUCAGCUGAUGAAAAUAAGAAAACUCAUUGCGAAUGAAAUGAAAAAUCUUUCAGAAUGUGAACAAAUCUUAACAUAUUCAUCUGAUCAAGUAUUAAAGCUAUUUCUCAUUUUGCAAAACUUUAAUACCAACAAAACGAGUGAGCAGAAAUUUUGCUGUAUUAUUUUCGUGAAACGACGUUUUACAGCUAAAGUGCUAUAUCAUAUAUUAAAGGAUUUACACAGACUCGACAAGCAGUAUGAAUUUUUAUUACCAGAGUUCAUUGUAGGCUUCUCAAACGAUCCGUAUAAAAAUGCCAGGGAGAUUUUGUGUAUCUCAAAAUGGAAUCGCGAAGUCCUAUUGAGGUUUAAGAGUGGUCGUGCUAAUUGCGUGGUUGCUACAGACGUCGUAGACGAAGGUCUUGAUAUACCAUCUUGUACAUUAGUCGUACGAUUCGACGAACCACAGGACUUUCGAUCUUACAUUCAAAGUAAAGGCCGUGCCAGGUCACAAACAAGCGAAUAUAUUUUGUUAAUAUCGGAGAAUGCUGACAAAUUUCUCUCCAAAUAUCAUAACUUCAAGAAGAUUGAAGAGUAUUUGCAGCAGUUAUUAGUAGGGAGGACUAAUCUUCGUGCUGAGCCGACACAUGAACAAAUAGAAAAAGAUUUAUACGAUACUAUAAUAGAGCCCUAUUCUGUCACUGAUAGCACUGGUGUAACCAGUAUGAUAACAGCACAGAGUGCAAUCAGUUUGGUGAAUCAGUACUGUUCUUCCUUGUACAAGUCUAAAUUUAUUUGUUUAUCGCCUACGUGGACAUUGCACAAGAAUAACAAUCCGCCUUCUUUUAUGGUGACUCUAGCCAUGCCGCCUAUAUCCAAUUUAAAAGAGAUUGUGGAGGGAGAUUGGAUGCCGUCUGUAAUAUUAGCAAAAAGAUCUGCAGCUUUAAAAUGCUGCGUGGCAUUGCAUAGGAUUGGCGAGUUGUCUGAUUGCCUGAUCCCUAAUGAUAUUGAGACGGUCCUGUCCAAUGCAGAUUAUUUAUUUCCACAUUGGGAAGACGAGUCUAAAGAAGAUAAAAUAAUACCAGGGACAAACACAAUGAAACGACAGCACAAGCUUGUGUAUGCUGAUGCACUGUAUUCUGCUUAUCCGAUCGAACAUAAAACCUUAUAUCUUCAUGUUAUUGAUGCAAAACCUACGUAUCCUGUGCCGCAAGAUAAUCGACGUUUUGUACUUUACAAUCUGUUAAGCGACUCUGCAGGAUUUGCUAUACUUUCCACAAAGCCAAUGCCUCAGAUACCGUCGUUCCCAAUAUUUAUGAAUGUCGGUGAACUAUCUGUGGAUAUAAAAGUUAAUCACAAAACCAUGGAAUUAACUGCAGAUGAUAUUAGGUAUUUGGAUGCUUUUCAUGCUAUGAUAUUCAGUCAAGUAAUACCAAUCAUCAAAGCCUUCAUGGUGUUUGAUAAAGAUAAUUUGGAUAAUAGUUUUCUUGUCGUACCGAUUGAUGCCGAAUGGAACAUUAAUUGGGAUGUUGUGAAGAAUAAAAGUAGUAUUGUAUUAAUUCCUCCAAAAGAACCGUUUCAUGUCAGUAGUCGUGCUUACGAACUUGCACUAGUUACACCAAAUUACAGAGGAUCACUUAGCGUGUAUGUCGUCACGCAAGUUUGUGAGGAUUUAACCGCUGAUUCUAGCUUUCCUACUGAAGAUUAUUAUUCGUAUGUUCACUAUUUUUCCGAUCGACAUGCAUUGCAGAUAAAAGACCCAAAGCAGCCCAUGCUUGAAGUUAAAUCAAUCUCUACGAAGAUUAAUUGCAUUAGACCUAGAGGCGCAAGUGCUGGUUUGAGUAAACGCAAACGUGCUGACAUCCAAGAGGAUUUGGAAGAACACUUAGUUCCUGAGCUAUGUGAUAGAAUUGAUUUUCCAGCAUUAUAUUGGUUGAAAAUUACAACACUGCCGUCAAUUUUACACAGAAUAACACAAUUUUUAGUUGCUGAUGAAUUAAGAAAUCUAAUUGCAGCUGAGGCUAAGCUAGGACUCUCGAUGUUACCCCCUGGUGAAAAAUGGGAACCAUUAAUGAUCAAUAAUAAAGAAGGAGAAGAUCAAAUAGAAAUGUCACUUGACACUACAAUGGAUGAUGUAAUACCUGAAAGCUCCUUACCACAACCGGAAUUAAGUGGUCCUGAAAUUGAUGUAUUGGGAAUCGACUCGAAACUUUACUCCUGGACUAAAGACGAAGAGCCAUCAGAUAUGAAUAGAAAUAUUGAUAAACUUCUAUUGAUUGACAUAGAAUAUUAUUAUCACUUCAUGAAUAUGUCAUGUGCAAGUGAUAAGGAUGCAUUGCAAGAGAAAAAUAAAGUUCCUGGAUACAUGUCAAAGCCAGAUAUUGCCAUUCCGUCUCUUAAAUCGCUCAAAUAUGAAGAUUUAAGGGGUCCAAGUCCAGUAGAUAUUGCGCAGGCACUGACUCGCAAACAAGUACAAGACGUAUUCGAUUUGGAACGAUUAGAAACACUUGGGGAUUCAUUUCUGAAAUACGCCGUAUCUGUCUUCUUGUACGAAAGCUUUCCAAAUCAUGAUGAAGGUCACCUGACUGCCGUAAAAGGAAAGAUUAUUGGAAAUCGUAAUCUGUAUUACUGUGGGAAGAACAAAAAGAUUCCAGGAAGAAUGAAAGUCGAUGAUUUUGUGCCCUUGAGUAAUUUUAUAGCGCCGUCAUACACAGUAGAGCGACGCUUACAAAAAGUGUUGAUAGAAGCCGAAGUCUCACCUAAUAUUCUUUAUGAGUUGACAAUCCCACCGUCCGAAAGAAUUUCAGGUUUUGUAAGUAAAGAGACUAUGCUCGUUAUACAGAACAAAUUACUUGACUGGGACGAAACUAAAACUCAGUCUGGUAUGGAGCAUUUUCUAGGUAUUCAGACAAUACCGGAUAAGGUUGUUUCAGAUUCUGUGGAAGCACUUAUUGGCGUUUAUCUGCAGAAAAUGGGUCUGAAGAGCGCAGCUAAACUAUUAAUUUGGUUUGGAAUUUUACCUGAGAGCUUGAAUAUCUAUCAAAUAUUAUUCCAACAAUUGCAAAAUCCAGUAAUUGGUUCGGGAAAUAUUGAUAACCAUAUACCGUGGGCUGGUGUAAUGGAGAGAAAAAUUGGAUAUCAAUUUACUAAUAGAGCAUUCCUACUACAAGCAUUUACGCAUCCCUCGUACACUUCUAAUUCGAUAACCGCUUGUUAUCAGAGAUUGGAAUUCCUAGGGGAUGCAGUGUUGGAUUUCCUAAUCACAGUUUACAUUUUUGAGUACUGUGGUAACUUAGAUCCUGGAGCUCUUACUGAUUUAAGAUCAGCUUUGGUGAACAAUAUAACUUUUGCAUCCUUGGCUGUGCGGUAUGGCUUGCAUACUGCCUUGUUAUCGUAUGCUCCUAAAUUGAGUGAUAUCAUUGAUAGAUUUGUCAAAUUCCAAGAGGAAAGAAAUCAUGUAAUCGAUGAUGAGUUACUAUGGGUACUGUUGGAAGAAGAUGAAUGCAAUAUGGCAGAGUAUGUUGACGUGCCAAAGAUUUUAGGAGAUAUUUUUGAAUCUUUAAUAGGUGCUAUUUACCUGGACUCUGGUAAAAAUCUGUUGAAAGUAUGGGAAAUUGUGUAUGCUUUAAUGCAUAAAGAAAUAGAGGCCUUCAGUAAAAAUGUUCCAAAACAACCCGUACGUGUGAUACAUGAAACUCAAGGCGCACAACCUCGAUUUAUGGAAGCUUCCAUGAUUACUGGUACCACCACUGUUAUGGUACCUUUAGAAGUAGUAAUUUCAGGAAAACGUAAAUUAUUUCAUGGCUUUGGAGCUAAUAAGAAGCAAGCAAAAUGUGCAGCUGCAAAGCAAGCUCUCAAAUAUUUACGUUGUAAGAAAUGA